UAGAAACACACUUAAGACUUAAGUUAUAGGGUUUGAACCCGAGACGUCUCACACUCCUCUCAGAUAACAGAGUUAGUUUCGCAAACUAGAGUGAUUUUUUGCUAAGGUUUAAGCAAACGAAUCGCCAAAACCAGGAUACAGAGGCUAAUAAGAUCAUCUUCAAAAGUGUCUCACUUUUUCUAACCUCGCCUCCAAAGAUUCUUCCUUUUCCGAUUCCGAUGAAAAGGAAUUUUGGGUUUUAGGAAAGUUCGAUUGGUUGGUUUGGAAACAUCUCCCUAACACACGCAGCAAACACCUUCGUUGUUUACGGAGACAGUCACUUUUUGUAUAUAUGGAUUCGAAUCAAUCGAUGCGGCUCCUCAGUGCUUGGAUUGGUCAAAUUGGUGAUCUUGGUCUUAAUUUGCUAUGGCGUUUUAUACACAUUGUUGUGAGCUUAUGGUACAUUGUCUCUGGCAUAUUUGAGGCAAUAGAAAGCUAUGCCAUAACGUUAGGAUUGAAUAAAAAGUACGGUUCCAUCGAUCUUGAGAAACUCCGGUGUCUAGCUGUUGUAGUGGACAUCGAAGCAGCUCAAGAUGUUGCCAAUGUUGUUGAGCUUUUGCAAUGGCUAACCACCAUUGGGGUUAAACAAGUUGGUCUAUUUGACUCUCAAGGUUUAUUGAAGAAAUCCAAGGAUUUGAUCCUUGAAACCGUUCCAGGUUCCAUGUUGUUAGAGGAGAUUGAAAAGGAUGUUGCGCCUGACGGAAAGCGCAUUGCAUUAGAAUUCAUUUCAUCUUCAGACAAUAAAGAAGCUGUUAUGAAAGCAGCCAACAUACUUCUUCAGAGAUACUUGAAAUCCAGCCAUCCUGAGGACGACAAAGGGGAAGACUUUUUUACAGAGUCUCAUUUGAAUGACGCAUUAAGAGUUGUUGGUGAGAAUGUGCAUGUACCCGAUCUGUUACUGGUUUAUGGACCUAUAAGGAGCCACCUCGGUUUCCCUGCUUGGAGACUUCGAUACACUGAGAUAGUACAUAUGGGAACUUUGAAGUAUAUGAGAUAUGGUUCCCUUUUGAAGGCAAUUCACAAGUUCACAGGAGUCCACCAAAACUAUGGAACUUAACGGUGACUAGAGAGCAGAGUUUCAGAGAUCGAUUUUUGGUUUGUGAUUCACAUAUUUGCAAUGAAUUCUAAAGGAGAGAUUAUUGGAGAGCUUUUGAGUCAGUGCAGCCACUACUGUUCCCAAUUUCCGGCAAUUCUAUGUACCAAAGCAACAUAUGCAUUGGCAUUGUAUAGGAUUAAGUAGUAACAAGCUGGACCUAACCAAUCCGGUUUUUCCAUAAAGUUCCGGUUUGCUUGGUUAUCGUGUGUAAACAAAAAUAGAACACAACUUUCAGAUUUUUCAGUAAAAAAAUAAACAGUUUAGUUU